CCCCGCCAUUGUAGGAGGCCGCGCCCUGCCCUCAAGUUCCUCAAGCAGUCGGGCCGGUAGCGGAUUGACAUUUGGUUGGUCACUGUGAGAACAGAAUGUCGGACUGCAUUGACCUUUGGCCUGAUCCAACAGAGCUGGUUCUGUCUGUUUAAGGACUGGAGAAGGCAGUGUUUGCUCCAUAUUUCUUUGGCUUACUUUCCUGCUUUGGACUGCACAGUGAAAGCUCAGGGCCUGAAAAAUUGUCCACUGAAAGAGAGAACAUUUGAGCAACUUCCUUUGCUCACUUCUCUUCCCCCCACCUCUAGACAGUGCAGGCACUGUGUUUUCUAGUCAUUAAAUAUCAUGUCUGACAACGGAGAACUCGAAGAUAAGCCACCAGCUCCACCUGUUCGAAUGAGCAGUACUAUCUUCAGUUCAGGAGGCAAAGAUCCAUUAUCUGCUAAUCAUAGCUUGAAACCUCUGCCAUCUGUGCCAGAAGAGAAAAAGCCUAGGAACAAAAUCAUCUCCAUCUUCUCUGGUACUGAGAAAGGGAGUAGGAAAAAGGAAAAAGAAAGGCCCGAAAUCUCUCCUCCAUCAGACUUUGAACAUACCAUUCAUGUUGGCUUUGAUGCUGUUACUGGGGAAUUCACUGGAAUGCCAGAGCAAUGGGCUCGGCUGCUACAGACCUCAAAUAUUACCAAGCUAGAACAGAAGAAGAACCCCCAGGCUGUUCUAGAUGUAUUGAAGUUUUAUGAUUCUAAAGACACGGCGAGACAGAAAUAUUUGAGCUUCUCUGCUACAGAAAAGGAUGGUUUCCCUUCAGGAGCACCAGCACCCAAUGCAAAAGGAUCAGAACCUUCUGUACCUGCUGAAGAGGAAGAUGACGAUGAAGUGACUCCUCCGGUUAUUGCCCCACGGCCAGAUCAUACAAAAUCUAUUUAUACACGGUCAGUAAUAGAUCCUAUCCCAGCUCCCCCUGGUGAUUCAAGUGAUAGUGUUGCUAAAUCAGCUGAUAAGCAGAAAAAGAAGACUAAGAUGUCAGAUGAAGAGAUAAUGGAAAGGCUACGAACGAUUGUGAGUAUAGGAGAUCCGAAGAAAAAAUAUACCAGAUAUGAAAAAAUAGGGCAGGGGGCUUCAGGUACAGUCUUCAUUGCCAUAGAUGUGGCAACAGGACAAGAGGUUGCUAUUAAACAGAUAAAUCUUCAAAAACAGCCCAAGAAGGAGUUAAUUAUCAAUGAGAUCUUGGUGAUGAAAGAGCUGAAGAACCCAAAUAUAGUCAACUUUCUAGACAGUUACUUAGUGGGAGAUGAACUGUUUGUUGUAAUGGAGUAUCUGGCUGGUGGGUCUCUCACAGAUGUAGUAACUGAGACGUGUAUGGAUGAAGCACAAAUUGCUGCAGUCUGCAGAGAGUGUUUGCAGGCAUUGGAAUUCCUACAUGCCAAUCAGGUGAUUCACAGAGACAUUAAGAGUGACAAUGUGCUCUUGGGAAUGGAUGGAUCAGUGAAGCUGACUGACUUUGGUUUCUGUGCUCAGAUUACUCCAGAGCAGAGCAAGCGUAGUACUAUGGUUGGGACGCCUUACUGGAUGGCUCCAGAAGUAGUAACACGGAAGGCCUAUGGCCCUAAAGUGGAUAUCUGGUCUCUGGGUAUCAUGGCUAUUGAAAUGGUUGAAGGAGAGCCUCCAUAUCUCAAUGAAAAUCCUUUGAGGGCAUUAUAUUUGAUAGCAACUAAUGGCACCCCAGAGUUGCAGAACCCAGAGAAACUUUCCCCCAUAUUUCGUGACUUCCUAAAUAGUUGUUUGGAAAUGGAUGUAGAGAAAAGGGGGUCAGCCAAAGAACUGUUACAGCAUCCUUUCCUGAAACUGGCCAAACCUUUGUCAAGCUUGACGCCGCUGAUCCUUGCAGCCAAAGAAGCAAUGAAGAGUAGCCGUUAGCAUUACUGCUGUGGCCUUCAUCAUUUUUGUUUUUAUUUUUUAAAAAAAGUCUUCGUAAUAUAUAAAUUGUUGCUCUUGUUAGGGGGGUUGAAAGUCUGCGAAUGGGAAAAAAUCACCUUGGAGAUACAAGAGAAGAAAAAAAAUGGUGGUGGUGAACUCUUCUAGGAGUGUUAGAAGAAGUUGUGAACUGAAUCACUGGCCUUUUCACCACUGUGCAGACAGCUCAGAUAUGGAUUUUAUUAUGCCUGAGAGCUGUCUUUUGAUGACUUUGCUGUACCAGAUCCCACUCAUUGUGCUCUGUUUGGGCACUUUCAAUACUUGAACAACAUAUUCAAGCUUUCAGAGGGAGGCAUUACUUUGAUCUGCUAAACCUGCCCCCCUUCCUUUAUCUUUGUCAGUCAGUCAUGGAAAAUACGACAAACUCUGAGUUACUAAAGGCAGAUAUGGUAGAAAUGUGAAAGUUCCUUUUACCCUCUUUCUCUUAAUGUUCAAUUGUCUGUAACUGAUGUAGCAUUAACCACCCAGCUACCUAGGAUCCAUAAUUUUACAAUGGUUCUCCUUAAAUAAUGAAGAACAUGGGCAGAGAGGGAAGAAGAAAGCUCAGCAAAGUUUGAUGUAGAAUUUUGUUGCAUGGACUUCUUAACAUAAGGGAAAGAUGCCUCAAUUUGAUGAUUGAAUACAUGUGGAGAAAAGGAGGAAAGUGUUCCUUUUUUAAUGCUGAAACCAUCUUCUAGGCUUGGGGAGAGAACUGCAUUCUUGUGAGUUGUCUUCCACUCCUCCCUUGCCUAUGUAGGCUUGUUGAUAACAUUUUAAAGGGAUGUCUUGAAAGUGUGUGAUUUUAUAGCAAAGUGCUGUAUCCAUGUUUUGACUUGGGCUUUGGGCUUUAUGCUGGUGCCUUUUGAAUUUUAAAAUUACCCUUCUUUGUAUUAAAUACAUUUUGUAUAUGUUGUACAUUUUCCCUCCAAAAGCAACUUGGACUUAUCAGGACUAAGUAUUAGAGCUCUCCUCCUUUUUAUAUAUAUAUAUGAAUAUAGAUAAAUAUAUAUAUGCAUCAUUUCUACUAACAAAAGACCCAGCAGAUUUGCAAAAAAUGGAAGAUCCAAGACUUUUUUUUGUAUAAUUCAGCCAACUGAAGUUUCUGAACACCGAAAGUGCUAUUCUGUGGACACAAAAAUUGGAAGUAUGAGGUUAGCUUAGAUUCAACAUUAUUUGAAUUGUUACGUGAAUGGCUGAAAAAGUAUGCCUUCUCAUGAUGUUCCUGUCUCUCAAAAGACAUCAACUACUGUGGCCGAAGACAAUACAAUAUAAAGUGCCUCCCUAAAUAAAUGAAAGUAAUUGGAGUCGUAGAGGAAUUGAAGUUCUGGUUGAGGUGGUCACAUUUAUGAUUAUGAUGGGGACUGCAUUGUAUUUCACAUCAGCCUUUUUAAAACCAUGAUUUUUUGGUUGGGCUUAUCUUGAUGGAGAGUUCCUGAGUGAUAAUGUGCCAAACAAUAACAUAAGACUCAUUAAUUUGGUGCUACAGAAUUUUUGCAUUCCCAGUUGAUAUUUUUGGGAGAACAUCUUACAGCCCUAAUUAAGAGACAACUUCUUACAGAAUUUCUAAUGGUCAAUGGAAAGCCUCUUUUAUACCUGUGAACAAUAUUAAUAUGUGUUGACAUAAUAACGUAUUUUAUACUAGGGUUUUAUGAACAAGGUUGCAAAAUGUGUGCUACCAGAUUCCGAGUUAUGAGCCAUUCCAUUGUAAAGGGCUCAAUUCCCUUAGAUCUUGGAGCAGCUCGCAUUCUGUUUUAUAACAACAAAUGUCUAAUGAAUACAGUUGAAAGUAUCACCACACCCCAUCCUGCAGUCCUGUGUUCUGACAGAAGUAUUCAUUUAAAACUUUGUAACAAAACAGCAAAUUCACUUUCAUAGCAUUUUGAAUGUGUUCCGGUUUGGUCCAAGGCGUGGAAUGUCCUGAACUGAGUGGUAUAUUAGGUGCUGUUAUUCCCUUUGCCAUGCCUUGGAAUACUGUUACUAUAAAAUAGUCUUUCCCUUAAAUUGACUUGUGAAUAAAACAAAAGCAGUUAAAAGGAACCUAACAGGUAAUUUUGGUUUUCUUACCAUUGAGUCUUUAUCUGUUGCUGGCAAUGGAAUAUGUGGAACCUAUGACUUCUAGGAGAUAGACAGAUGUUUAUCUUUCAAUGGUAGAAAUGAAAUGUGGCACUGCUUUAAGAUCUCAGUCUUUAGACAAAACAUUUACUGUCUUCAACUUAAUGCAAACAUUUUCUGAAAUGAGUAGUUGAGGGAAUCUGUGCAAGGGCUUUGAAAUCCUUUAAAGUUGCUUACAAUUUGGAUUAGCUCAGGAGUUGCUGAAGUGCUUCUUUGGCCUCCCAUGAGUUCUCCCACAAUAUGGCCAUAAGGGCUCCUAAGUGUAACUUGCAUCAUAGUGGUUCAGCUGUACAUUUUUCUAAUUUCUUUGCCCCCUGUUGCUAGAAGAGAUUAGGGAUAGAUGUAGGAGUGAACUGAGAUGGGAAUUCAUAGUUGGAUAGAGGAGCCAUCAGAAAGUACCUGACCCAUUAUGGUUUGUUAUACAGCUCUGCAUGCAAUUUGUAUGGUAAUUGGACUGAGCAUAUAUUGAAAAUGUCUUAAAAGCUUGGUAUAGAAAUGGAAGACUAAAGAAUAUGUCCCUGGGAUAUUGCUUAUUAGUGCACAGGGGUGAGAACAUUAAGGACAGCAUUGAAAAGUUCUUGAUUCUUAACUUACUGUUAAAUACACCUUAAGCAGAUUUCCUGUCACUAAUGUCAGUACAUACUGGCUGAUUCAUGCAAUCAUGUUUGGGGCUUAUUUUCAAUUUGUGACUUUCUCAGCCCAGAUUGAAUGUUAAGAUGCCAGGCGCUAUCUGGGACCAGAUCCCACUUCAGUCCAUCAUUGCAAAAGACUUCUGUGGAGGUUGUUUAUGUGGAAGUUGAGCUUGUGAUGAUGAUUUCAAGAUAACCAUGUUAAGAUCUUGCUACUCAGUCUGAGCUGACAAAAGCCACCAUGGAAUAAAAAAUUGUGUUCCCUGUGCCAACAUGCUCGAGUGAGUUAACUUUUGAGUCUUGGGCACAUUUGCAGUUGCAAACUUUGAUGUGAAACUGCAGAUUUACCUGGAAUGAUGAGCUCCCAUGGGUUUUUUCCCCCUCCUGAUUCAUAAGUUUAAACAAACCCCACUACUUAACAACAACAAAGCAUUUGCUCAUUUACAUGGAGAUAUUUGCCACUUGAUCAUAUAUCUGAUUAACUAAAGUGAUCAUCAUAUGUGUACUCUGGAGCUGUUUGGAGUAAACUAACUCCAUUAUUAUGAGUUGGAGAAUUUGUCUUCAUAGCUGGAAUUAAGUACAUUUUUUUAAAAAAAAUCCCUUCUUUGUUCCCUUUAUCACUCUUAUCAGAUGGAAAUUAAAGUAGUGCAAGCUUUCAAUUUUUUUACUGUCUUCAGAUUUUGUUGCCUUUUGUUUUAAUUUAAUCCUAUUCUGUUAUUUAAUUGUUACUGCAAUAUUAACUACUGUAUUUGACUAUGUUUAAUGACUUUGUUCUUUCAGGGCUAGAAAUAAAAAAUUCUAAAAUGC